ACGGCUUUACAGCCGUCGGGGGAGCGCGUUACGACAGUCGCGCUUUACGGCUCGGAAUCGCUUUCCGGCCGCUCCACCCCCCCCCUCUCUCUCUCUACUGCGCCCUUCAAGAUGGCGGUGUCCGGGACGCUGUACACGUUCCCCGACCAUUGGCGUUCCUAUAAGCCCCUCAUAGCAGCCCAAUACAGUGGGGCCCAGCUGCGUGUGCUCAGUUCUCCGCCCCAUUUUCGCUUCGGACACAGCAACCGCAGCCAGGACUUCCUGGCCAAGUUCCCUGCGGGAAAGGUUCCGGCCUUUGAAGGUGACGACGGUUUCUGUGUGUUUGAGAGCAACGCCAUCGCGUACUACGUGAGCAAUGAGGAGCUGCGGGGGUCUUCGCGGGAGGGGGCUGCCCAGGUUCUUCAAUGGGUCAACUUUGCUGACAGCGACAUCGUGCCCCCGGCCUGUACGUGGGUGUUCCCAACCCUGGGCAUCAUGCACUACAACAAACAGGCUACAGAGCAGGCCAAGUCAGAGCUGCGCCGUGCCCUGGGGGUCCUGGAUUCCCACCUAGACCCCGUAAUGGGGGUCUAUGGGGCUGCAAUGUGGGUCUGGGGUCCUGAGGCUGAUGGUGUCCAUCCCCCCCCCCAAAUAACAGCCAAGAAAUUCGCGGAGAAUCAGCCCAAAAAGGAGACGGGGAAGAAGGAAAAGAAGGAAAAAGAGAAAGAUAAAGAGAAGACUAAAGAGAAGGACAAAGAUUCCAAGGAAAAGGAGAAAGAUAAGGGGAAAGAUAAGGGAGACCCCGAGGAGGAGCUGGAUGAGUGUGAGCAGGCGCUGCGCAACGAGCCGCGGCCCAAGGACCCCUUCAGUCACCUGCCAAAGAGCCCGUUCAUCCUGGACGAGUUCAAGCGCAAGUACAGCAACGAGGACACGCAGUCGGUGGCGCUGCCCCAUUUGUGGGAACAUUUCGACCCCCAGGGCUGGUCCCUGUGGUUCUGCGAGUACAAAUACCCCGAGCAGCUCAGCCAGACCUUCAUGAGCUGCAACCUCAUCUCGGGGAUGUUCCAGCGCCUGGACUCUCUCCGUAAACACGCCUUUGCCAGCGUCCUCCUGUUCGGCACCAACAACGACAGCAGCAUCUCUGGGGUCUGGCUGAUGCGGGGCCAGGAGCUGGCGUUCCAGCUGUGCCCUGAUUGGCAGGUUGAUUACGAGUCCUACACCUGGCGCCGAUUGGACCCCUCGAGCCCCGACAGCCGCGUGCUGGUGUCUGAAUAUUUCUCAUGGGAGGGGAAGUUCCAACACGUGGGGAAACCCUUCAACCAGGGCAAGAUCUUCAAGUGAGGGCGGGGCCUCAGCUCCACCAAUGGCAGCGCAGCUUCAGCGGGCGGGGCUCCGCCUCCACCAAUGGGGAGCUGCUCCCAGUGGGGCGGGGCUCUGUCUACACCAAUGGCAGGGCUCUGCUCCCAAUGGGCCGGGCUCAGUCUCUACCAAUGGGGAGCUGCUCCUAAUGGGCGGGGCUCUGCCUCCACCAAUGGCAGGGCUGCUUUACCUCCACCAAUGGGGAGCUGCUCCUAAUGGGUGGGGCUCUGCCUCCACCAAUGGCAGGGCUGCUUUACCUCCACCAAUGGGGAGCUGCUCCUAAUGGGGGUGGGCUCUGCCUCCACCAAUGGCAGGGCUGCUCUACCAAAGGGGUUUCUGCCUCAGCCAAUGGGGGGGCUCCUCU